UCUUUCGUUUUGCCUUGGAUCUCAAGCUUCAUCCCAUAAGAAAACCAUCAUUCUUCUCUCUUUCUCUGUCGGUCGCUCAUCACAUCUUCCUCGCACGAAAUCAAACACCAUCCGUCAUUUGAUUCCCAAUACCUUUAAUUAGCUUUUUUUAAACCCCCGGAAUUCCGUUCAAAAGAAUCUCAACAAACUCGCCUUUUAACAUCACUUUGUUUCUGUUUUUUGUUCAGUUUUUGGUUCUUUUAAGCUCCCAUUGUUGUUGAUACAAUAGAUCGUGGCGCGUCGUUAAUCCGUUUGGCUCACCAUCUUUUUGAAAGGAAAAUUUUGGAUAACAAAUGUUGGGUGAACUCAUCACCAGGGUGCUUGUGUUGGUUCUUGGAUAUGGGUUUCCAGCGAUUGAAUGCUUUAAAACAGUAGAGAAGAAUAAGGUUUCGAUCGAGGAACUCAGAUUUUGGUGUCAAUAUUGGAUCGUCGUAGCAUUUUUGACAUUAUUCGAGAGCAUAGGGGACACAUUAUUUUUGUGGUUGCCUAUCUAUGGCGAGCUGAAGCUUACACUCUUGAUAUACCUAUGGUAUCCCAAAACCAAGGGAACUGGUUAUGUGUACGACACAUUGCUGCGGCCGUACAUGGUGAGACACGAAACCGAAUUCGGUCGAACGAUACAAGAAUGGCGAGCCAGAGCUUGGGAUUUUGCUCUGUGUUAUUGGGAGAACUGCACCGAGUUGGGGCAGACCAAAUGGGUCGAGAUAUCGCAGUUCUUGUCCGGUCAGCCUUCGAGGAUGAAACAAGGCAAGCUGAUUAACCCAGUUCUAGAUCACCAAAUGGAAUUUGACGAGAAACGGCCAGCCCGUCGUAGACUCUUCGGAGGCAAAGCUCAUUAAGCCGAACCUGACAGAGAGUCCAAAAGCUCCAACAGGGAAUCACACAGUCAACAACUUGUAACAAACGAACAACACUUGUAUAAACCACUCACAAGCUUGCAAACACAAACAGAAGAAAGAACCCAGAAAUUGCUUCUUGAAUAGCUAGUGUCAAAUUCAAUUCAUUCUUUGCUUUUUUCUUCUUGUCCCAUUGUAAUACAAAUUAU